GUUGCCAUGGCAGUUGCCCGGCAAGCGGCGGGGCGGAGGAAACAUGGCGGUGACCGGCUGGCUGGAGAGUUUGCGGGCAGCGGAGAAGACGGCGUUGCUGCAGGACGGUAGAUCCUUGACUUGCAAGGCCCAAGGCAAGAGGAGGCUUAGGGGUAAGGCACUCUCUGCUUUGUGCCUAGGGAGAAGGAAGGUGCACUAUUUGUUCCCAGAUGGGAAGGAGAUGGCCGAAGAAUAUGAUGAGAAGACAAGUGAACUACUUGUGAGAAAGUGGCGUGUGAGAAGUGCCCUGGGAGCCUUGGGCCAGUGGCAGAUUGAGGUGGGAGAGCCAGCACUCCCAGGAGCAGGGAGCCUGGGGCCUGAACUCAUCAAGGAAAGCAAUGCCAAUCCCAUCUUCAUACGCAAGGACACCAAGAUGAGUUUCCAGUGGCGAAUUCGAAACCUCCCAUACCCUAAAGAUGUCUAUAGUGUCUGUGUGGACCAGAAGGAGCGCUGUGUUGUCAUCAGAACAACAAACAAAAAGUACUACAAGAAGUUCUCCAUUCCUGACCUAGACAGAUACCAGCUACCUUUGGAUGAUUCCUCACUGAGCUUUGCUCAUGCCAACUGCACCCUCAUCAUCUCUUAUCAGAAGCCAAAGGAGGUCCUGGUUGCUGAAUCAGAGCUGCAGAAGGAGCUGAAGAAGAUAAAGACAGCCCACGGCAGUGACGGGGACUGCAAGACCCAGUAGUGGACCCCAAAGCCUGCCCUUCAGGCACGGAGAGUGGGUGAGGCUCUUCCUGUAGGCCUGUGAGACUUCAAGACUUGGGCCUUUCUGGCACAGGGGCUGCCCCUUUUCUUUUGGGAACUGUCCAGGCUCUGUAAGAACUGGGCCCUGGGGCACUCUUAGCCCCUGCCCAUGGUCUUCUCUCCUGAGUAAAGUCAUUCUGAGUUAC